UCGGGAGGGACCAGCGUUGACGGUCGGGAUGGACCAGCUUCAACGGUCGUGGGCGUUCACAUUUGUCAGGCCGGAACGGGAAAGGGAGGUGCGGGUGACGGAAGUCGAUAGGCUUUGCGGAGGUCUGCGUAAGGACCUCAAGCCUCUACGAACUCUUCCCUCCCUUGAUUACAUCCUAGUGAAGUCGUCGCUGGUGUACAUUCUCUACACUUAGUCACUCUCAGCUGUCCAGUACACAAUCUUAUGUGUUCAGUAGGAUACACAUUCAAAUACGUAGACAAUUUCGAGGAGAUCUCGAAGUUAUUAACAAAGUCGAAGCAAGUGGGUAUGAAGCCUUCACUCCCGGUCGACUCUAGGUCAUAGGCGUCCCUGUGACGGUAAAAUUUCCAGGAGAUUUGCCGUCACAUUUCGAGUGUCCACAGAUAUGGAUGGGUCGUUGGUGAUCUUGAAGGUGAAUUUGACCAGGCGGUACCCAACGCCGGUUUUUUUGUCGAAAUCCUUGGCGUUUUCCGGUUAUCCUUGUCAUUGGCUACGUUUACGCCGCUUUGUCCUCUACAUACCCUCAUGGAACCUUCUCUUUCGCUUUCCUGCUUCUCAGCUUUUUAGUAGACCGCUGAUGGCUUGUAAUUAAUUUUGAGGGACCUUACAAGUUGUACAUAUACCGACUCCGGUAA